CAGGUGUAGUUCAGACGCAGAUGAGAAUAUCACACACUUCUCUUCACUGUAAGGAUUAAUUUAUCCGAUAAACGAUAGAUGAUCGUGUUUCAUAAGACGAAGGGUUACAUCCACCAUAUUUACUGAAGUUUCUGAGAGAAAACCUUCUACUGGGGUUCCAUGUCUUGUGUUCAUUGAGCGUCUGCAGUAAAGAACAUGGAUUGGGGUUCAGCUCUGUGGGACCAGCAUGACGUGAUUGAGAGACACACACAGAGUGGACUGGAUCUACUGGAGCGAUAUGUGAAGUUUGUCAAAGAGAGAGCGGACAUUGAGCAGAAUUAUGCCAAACAGCUCAGGAAUCUCUGUAAGAAACAUUCCAGACGAGGCAGCAAAGAAGAUCAGGACACAAAAUUAACCGAUCAGCAAGCGUUUCAGGAUGUGCUGAAUGAGCUGAAUGAGUAUGCAGGUCAGAGAGAGCUGCUGUCAGAGAACAUGACGGUGACCAUCUGUGCGGAUCUCAUCAAAAGUCUCCAGGAACUCCGACUGGAACGCAAAAUUUGUCUCUCGGAUAUUAAGAAGGCUCAACAAAACCUUGACAUUUUUUUCAAACAUCUUGAGCUUAGUAAAAGGCGUUUUGAGAAGGAAUGGAAAGAAGCAGAAAAGACAAUUCAACAAACAGAGAAAAUCCAGCUGGACACCAACUCAACUAAAGCAGAUGUGGAAAAGGCCAAACAGCAGGCACACUUGCGGACACAUAUUGCAGACGAGUGUAAGAAUGAAUACGCUGUACAACUCCAGAGGUACAACAAGGAGCAAAACCAGUUUUAUCAUUCCGAAAUUCCUGAUGUAUUCAAGAAGCUACAGGAAAUGGAGGAGCGACGCAUCAGGAUGUUGGCGGAUGGUUACGUGCAGUUCUCUGAAACUGAAAAGAAGAUCCUGCCAAACAUCAGCAAGUGUUUAGACACAAUCAGCACCACAGGGAGGAACAUCAAUGAGAAACAGGAAACUAUGGCUCUUAUAGAGCAGUAUAAAACAGGUUUGACGCCCCCUGCUGACGUGGAGUUUGAAGAUUACAGUCAAGGAGUCAAACCAGCCGCCAAUGAGAACGCUCCUCACCUACCCAAAGUCCGCAUCAAACAGUUGUUCCACAAGAAAAACAAGGCAACCUCUCCUGAUAAAACCAUGCCCUCUCCGAUGAAGGAUCUCUCUCGUCUUCCUCCAGAUAAGAGAAGGAAAUGUUUGCAGGAGAAGAUUGAUAAUGUAAAUAAAGAGCUGCAGAUAGAGUCGGAACAAAGUGAGGCUCUGAUGAAGAUGAAGGGAGUUUAUGAACAGAAUUCUCAGCUUGGUGAUCCGUCCAGUCUUCAGCCUCAGAUCAUACAAACUGCUCAUAACAUUGCCAAACUGAGAGGAGAACUCAACAAAUAUCAGGCACAGUUAAGUGAAGUUGGGGGAGGAACAUUCAUACAGAAUCCGAGCAGUGAGUCCAGCGUGUCUCUGUCCGAUGAAAAUAUCUAUGAAUGUGGUUUUGAUGAGGACUUUGACGUUGAUGUGCCCAUUGGUCAGUGCAAAGCACUCUACAGCUAUGAUGGUGGCAGUGACGGUGCCGUGUGCAUGCAGGUGGGCGAACAGCUGAGCUUGAUGGAGGAAGAUCACGGCGAUGGCUGGGUCAGAGUUCAGAAGGCAAAUGGAGACGUGGGAUACGUGCCCGCGAGCUACAUCCAGAUCAUCUGAUUCUAAAUGAUCCGAUUCCUUUAUCUACAAAAUCAUGAUGAAACCUUCAAUAUAUUCUGAUUUCAUUUCUUCUGUGCCUUCAGCAGCGACCCGUCCAUCAUUUGAGAUGUUUUAACAUAUUGGAAAUGAAUGCGUCUGAUCUGUGGUCACAUGACCUGGAAGGGGGAGUUUGCAGUUUUGACUUGAUGUAAAUUCGUAUUUAAUUUGCUUUAGUUUUGAGAUUUUUGUCAUCUUGUUUUAUUUGUGGUGUUUGUGUGUGUUGGGAGUCAGAUGUCCAUGACCGAUAUUUUGGUGCGUUUGAAAGAAAAGUCACAUGUACUAGCAGCUUACAGCAAUAUUUAUAUCAUAGAUGCAGUCUAUUAAUA